UACCCCAUUCUUUUUAUAUCGUUGAUCUACUGCGCCUGCCCAUACCAGGGGGCGGGUUAGUUCAGCGUGACAAAUGUUUUGUUUUCUACCCCGAAUGAAAUGGGUCAGAUGAGCUAACACGGACACCUACGACAGUAAACGCUUCUCAGUGACCUUGCACCAGUCUACAGAAAGACACAGCCAUGGGGAAUACAAGCAGUGAGAGGGCUGGCAUGGGCCAGGGGGAGAAGGCUCAGCGGAGGGACAGCCGAGGCACCAAGGAGGGAGGGGGGCCAAAGAUCCUGAUGGACAGCCCCGAGGAUGCAGAUAUUUUUCAUGGUGAAGACAUGAAAGCUCCUUUAGAUAAAGAGGAGUUCCUUGCAUGGCAGCAAGACUUAGAAGCAGAUGACAAAGGGCCAACUUUAGACCGGCCAACAGUCUUUCGCUGGACAGGAGAUGGCAAGGAGGUCUACCUCUCUGGAUCCUUCAACAACUGGGCCAACAAGAUUCCCCUCAUCAGAAGUCAGAACACCUUUGUGGCCAUUGUUGAUCUACCUGAAGGGGAGCAUCAGUACAAGUUUUAUGUGGAUGGCCAGUGGACCCACGAUCCAACUGAGCCAGUUGUAACCAGUCAGCUUGGGACGGUCAACAAUUUCAUCCAGGUGAAGAAAACAGACUUUGAGGUGUUUGACGCUCUAAUGGUGGACUCUCAGAAAUGCUCCGACAUGUCAGAUCUCUCCAGCUCUCCUCCCGGGCCUUACCAUCAGGAUGCUUAUGUUCCUAAACAGGAAGAGAAGUUUAAGUCUCCCCCCAUACUCCCACCUCACCUGCUACAGGUCAUCCUCAACAAAGACACUGGCAUUUCUUGUGACCCUGCAUUACUCCCAGAACCCAACCACGUCAUGCUCAACCACCUCUACGCUCUUUCCAUUAAGGAUGGAGUGAUGGUGCUCAGUGCGACGCAUCGCUACAAAAAGAAGUAUGUCACCACCUUGUUAUACAAGCCCAUCUGAGUGAAGACUGCCUUUUUAAAUCCUGUCCUAGUGUGUCAACUGUGCACCGAGUGUACAAAAUAUCCACCCGUCCACAGCGGAGAGAGCAGGUGAAUCCAGGACUCUCACAUUGAGCUAAUAAGAGGUUAACACCUCGGAGAUGAUAUUUUGUACACUCACUGUAUAUCCAGUUAUUGUACACAUCUGUUUAGGAUGAUAAAUGUCACUCAGUCACUCCAAUCCUACAUAAUCUGCCUUUAUUUGUUCACCGAUUGCCCUCUGUAGGUUUCAACAACGCUAUCUUUGCUUAGUAGACAUAGAGAGGCAGUAAUUAUGAUGUCGGGCACUAUGUCUGUGGUCAAAACAGACAGAAAUGGUAUGAGGAGGAUUGGUAACGCUGGGAAAAUGUGACUGAAGGUCCUCAGAUACAUGAGGUCACUGUAGCGUUUCCCACCAGAGAAGACACCGGCGGUACAAUCAACAAUGUGAACGUUGAGGUCAAAGAAGAAAUGAAUACACUGCAGUAGUUCUCCACUGUUUUCAUUUGCCUGUUUAUCUUGAGGAAUUGUUGGAGUGAUAUUUAGUGUUAAUGAUGAAGCACACAGUAGAUAUUUUCUAUCAUUUGUAUUUAGUGUUGUAUUUGUUUAGUUUUUUACUUUGGUUGAUGAUGUGGUUUGUUUUCUUAUCAAAAACUUCCUAUAGUGAGUUGCGGUGUUGUGGUUAAGAAGUUAGUUAUGAUUUAACGCAGUUUAGACCAAAAACAUAACAAUUUAAUAAUAUUUUUUUGAGAAAUAAAUUUGGUCUGAACUUUAUGAGCUUUGCACUACGAUAAGGAAGUUUGGAAGGUACUGUAGAAUAUGCAUACAGUGUAUGUACACUUGCAGAACGACAAUGUAUCAGAAGAAGAAUGCUAACCCUUUUGAGCUUCGAAGCAGGUUUAGUGGUCUUCACACUGAAUAACAUAAUUUUCCUUCUUUUAUACAAUGUAAAUGCAUUCCAGAAAUGAACAGGCACACCAGAUAUGUGUUCCUCGCUGGCUCAGUCACUAUGGCAUCAUUUGUUUGUACCAAGGAACUUUUGGCAGCGACCGGUUUCAGAGUUUGAUAACAGGAAAUAAGAUAUUGGACGAUGAAACAACAGUAGGUAAAAGUCAUGUGACUAACUUGAUGAAGGGACCCGCAUUGGAUCAUGUGACAGAGUCGUACUGUUAGUGAAGAUUUAGUUUUUGUACCGUUAAUGGUCUUUAUGUAUUCCAUGAAGUUUGAAGGACCAGAAUGUGUUUUAAGCAUCAUGAUUUGUAGCAUCUUAUUUACAUCAAUGUAUCAUUGACACACAUUGAUAUCUUAUGUAUAUGUAUAAUUAACAAACAAGACCAUGAUUUAAAAUAUUUCUGUUCUAUGCUACAGGCCAGUAGAGGCUGACAAUCUCCUCAGUAACUUUCCUGCUGUUGUCUCAGAACUAACAUGGUGAUAAUUUAUUGAAGUGAAAAUGCUAGACUUUGAAAUAAAUUCAUAUCAGUUAAAAUGUUGUCGACCCUUUGAACCAUGCUGGUGUGUACACCUUUGUAUUAAAGAUUAAGUUACACAUUCA